AAGCCAAUCCAAUCUUGAGAAGCAGCAGCAGACAAGACAGCAGCAGCAGCAUGUCUGCUAAGAAGUUUAUACCGGUUGUGGAACGUUUUCCUAAGCACUACCAGCGUUUUCUCAAGGAACUGGAGAAGCCGUCUGCUGCUGUACACUACAAAGAGUAUCCAGAGAAGUAUAUUAAGGAUCCCGAAACGAAGGAAAUAAAAAGGGUACAAAAUGUACCCAUACCUGUUCUAUAUCCAGAAGAAUGUCAGAAGGGCAUAUGGGGCGGAGAAGGCAUCAUUAAGGGAUACAUGCCCUUGCCCAAAUUCAACAAGAGAUAUGCGAAGUACUUCACCCCUUCCUUGAAACGUAUUGUCGUCUACAGCGAAAUCCUUGAUAAGUACAUGAUGGUAACUGCGACUGAGAGGACCAUUCUACUCAUCAACAAACAUUUUGGAUUUGACAACUACAUUCUUCAGACUCCCGUACAAGACUUGAAAUCCCAGCUUGCUCUGGACUUGAGGCGUAAAAUGCUUUUGGCCCUGGCCAGGAAGGACCUCUAUCUCGGUGACCCAAAGAAGCGAGAAGAAGUGAUUGAGAAAUACAAAGAGCACAUUGUUCCUGAAGAAGAAGCUGAAUGGUUUGGAUUAACGUUUGAACAAGCCGAGAAGAAGCUCAUAGACUGUGAAGAUGCGGUUGAGCCGCAGCCACUGAAAUACCAGUUUUUGAAAGAUUACCUAGAGGAGUUGAAAGUGCAAAAAGAGAGCAAACUUCAACCACAAAAGCAGACUAGCUGGGUUUCCAGAAUGAAUCCUUUUCGAAGAACUUCUCCCCCAGAGGGCACAGAGCAAGUUCCAUCUUGAAGCUAGGUUAGCACUUUUUGUUAUUUUUUAGACUGAGUUGAACCGUCACUGGUGGUCGUUUGGAGGAGGUCCUAAAAGUAGUGUGUUAACGCAGUCACUAGUUGGUGAUAUUGUUUUUUUUUUUUUUUUUAAUAAAAGGAUUCUUGCAAAGUGG